UUUAAAUUUAGUAAAUCUUAAAAAAAUGUCUACAACUAAUAAUGAUAAAAAGAGAAAAACUACAACUUCAUCCUCCGCUCCGAAAAGACAAAAUUUAAUGCAACAGUCACCAAUCCCAUACACACCUUAUAGAGAACCAAGACCAGCUAAUCAACAACUUAUUUCUCAAAAUACAUUGCCAAUGCCACAACCAAUUACACCAAAUUCAACCCAAGUAAUUAAUGCAGGAAAUAUACAGACUACUCCAAAUAUACAACAACAACAACAAGACCAACCAAGUGUCACAGAAGAACAGGCUUUGCUUAAAGAAAUAGCUGAGAAAAGAAAGGCAAGAGCUACAAAGACCAAACCAGAGAAUAUUCAUCUGAUCAAACCGUUUGAUGAAAUAUCCAAAUGUACAAAUGCGGAUCUAUUAUUUUUGAAUUGGUCAAAGGACCAUAUUUUUGAAGAACUGGUUGGUAUUGUGUGUUAUGUUAAAAGAGGCUUAACGAGCAAGAAUAAGUGGGACCGUACCGACAUUUUAAUCCAGGUUGGAAAACCCGAUGAGCGUGAGAAAGUGGCUGUUUUUGGAUGGGGAGCACAAGCAGCGGUACUCGAAGGAGCUGAAUUAAAUAAACUGUGUGGAAUGGUUAGAGAACAAGGAUUUACUUGUGGGAUAGAACUAAAUCUUAAAAAAAUGUCUACAACUAAUAAUGAUAAAAAGAGAAAAACUACAACUUCAUCCUCCGCUCCGAAAAGACAAAAUUUAAUGCAACAGUCACCAAUCCCAUACACACCUUAUAGAGAACCAAGACCAGCUAAUCAACAACUUAUUUCUCAAAAUACAUUGCCAAUGCCACAACCAAUUACACCAAAUUCAACCCAAGUAAUUAAUGCAGGAAAUAUACAGACUACUCCAAAUAUACAACAACAACAACAAGACCAACCAAGUGUCACAGAAGAACAGGCUUUGCUUAAAGAAAUAGCUGAGAAAAGAAAGGCAAGAGCUACAAAGACCAAACCAGAGAAUAUUCAUCUGAUCAAACCGUUUGAUGAAAUAUCCAAAUGUACAAAUGCGGAUCUAUUAUUUUUGAAUUGGUCAAAGGACCAUAUUUUUGAAGAACUGGUUGGUAUUGUGUGUUAUGUUAAAAGAGGCUUAACGAGCAAGAAUAAGUGGGACCGUACCGACAUUUUAAUCCAGGUUGGAAAACCCGAUGAGCGUGAGAAAGUGGCUGUUUUUGGAUGGGGAGCACAAGCAGCGGUACUCGAAGGAGCUGAAUUAAAUAAAUUCAUUCGAUUGACCAACAUGAUAGUUGUUCCUGAAGACAUCGGAAAAAGAGACACAUGGAAUGGAUCGAUAGAAUUUAAAUUAAAAUUUACAAGAAGCUCAACUUUAACAAUUGUCGAACAAGGGCAAAGUGCGGUGUCUGAGCAGAAUACAAAUAUGAUAGAGGAAGGUCCUUCAACAUCUGCAACAAUUCAAAAUCCGCAUGUUGGUAAUGUUCAGAACUAUUCUUAUGCCAGCAAUGCAACUUCUGCUGUAGAAAGAGAUGUUGAAUAUGUGAGUAUUUAUAAAUCAUAA